GUGUGCUCUCUGGUUUUUUCACGAACACUCUUGACUACUGAUUAUUUAGAUGUCCUUUUACCCCUGGAAAUUGUUCACUUUUCGAAUAAUCUCUCGUCCUCUUCUCUGCGAUCGCCUUCAAUUGGCCCGAUCUAUGAACUAUAUGAUCUCAUACUAAACCGGUUGGAUCGACGUCAACUCGCACAACAUCCGCGAUCAUUAUACAACAACGCGUCGCUAUGAGUUCUGGCACGGGCUUAGAGCCUCUGCGCGGGUCGUGCUCAUGUGGCCGUAAUCGAUAUUUGAUUCGAAUCCCGGAAGAUGUGACCGACCACGCGCGCAUCUACUUUGAUAGCAGUUCUGACAACCGUAGACACCACGGCACUCCUCUUACGGCAUGGCUACGGGUCCCCUUGGACUGGUUCGAAUCCCACACGCGAUCCUACUUCCCCGACGAAACGCAUAGUGCAAUCCGCCGCACCUUCACGCCUCAUCACGAUCCACACACUCGGCGCAAUUUCUGUGGAUUCUGUGGCACACCGUUGACGUACUGGACGGAAGCGCCUCGAGAUGAAGCAGAGUACAUGUCCGUGAGCAUUGGCAGUCUCUACGGCAGAGACCAGCACCUGUUGGAGGACUUGGAUUUGCUCCCUGGGUCUUCGGAGGAGGAAGAAUCAGAAGAAGAGUCAGAGGUCGAUGAAGAAGUACCCGCCAGUAGAGACCCAGUUCCAGUCUCUACUACCACUGCUGCUGCACCAUCGUCGUCUUCGGUUGUUGUGCCCACGUUAGCAAGCGAGCCCCUUCGAAGCUACCGAUCUGGGAUGAUGAGUGGAAUCCCCUGGUUCGAAGAAAUGAUCGAAGGAAGUCGACUGGGUCGUCUGAUGAAGGCCAGGCGCGGUAUGGGUGUGAGUGACGACGACUCUACGAAAUUUGCGUGGGAGGCUAGUGAGUGGCAUGAUGAUGGAACUACUGGCGCCAUACGACAGACGCAAUACUCCACCUUUAGUAGCAGCUCUGGGAAGAGGAAACGAACCUCUCGGGGCGACGCGGGAGUUGGCAGCUCGCGACAAAAGCGAAGAGAGUCUCCUUGAUGGAUCCUCGAUGAGCUUUUUGCUUGGCUAAGAUGGGAAUGGACAUGGGCAAGUCGUCGGGUUGUUUUCCUCUUAGUUCUUGGACAAUAUCGACCGCCAUGUAAGAUAAAAGUUAGAGUAAUUUAUCACAAGUAAAUAGGAGAAAUCCAUUUCAAAC